AAUCUUAGGUACAGUUGAUGUUUUGCUUUGCUGCCAUACCCGUUAAUCUUGAUGAUUAGGCAUGGUAUUCUCGACCGACGAGUGAGUUGCCGUGCUCUCAUCUCUCCAUCCAGCCUGCAGCGUUUGAAAUAGGCCAUAACCCAUCUGGCCCCCGUCCAACUCCGCGCCAAACAAUGCGUCUUUUGCGACGCAGCAGCACUGGCGACUUCUGCCUCACCAAGGAUCUGGUUGGCGAUGAGACCAUUCCUCCGUAUGCGAUACUUUCGCACACAUGGGAAGCAGACACCGAGGUCACCUUUGCAGACAUGACAGGUGGGGCUGGCAAGAGUAAGUUUGGCUAUAGGAAGAUCCAAUUCUGUGGAGAACAAGCCAAACAAGACGACUUGCAAUACUUUUGGAUUGAC